CGUAAUCGUCCUAACUCCCAUCUCUCGUUUGACAGCUGUUUUAAGGUUAUACAUCAGCUUCGAUUUUGGUGUUCCUGUUGGACCAUUACAUAACUCCCAGAAAAGAACCAUGUCGCAGGCUCCCGUUCGCGUUUCGCCGCUGAUCAAGUUCGGCCGCUGGUCGUUGCUCCUUGUGGGCAUCGCCUACGGUGCCGCUCACCAGAGCCGCCUGUCCAAGAAGGAGGAGAAGGUGCGUGAGAUCGAGGCCCAGCAGAAGGUUGUCCGCGAUGCCAAGCUCGCCGAGGAGAAGAAGCGCAGCGCCGAAGCCGAGGCCCGUGCUUUGGCGGAGCUCUCCAAGCCCACGCCCAAGAACUAGGCUGAUGUAGGAUCCAAGAUCCUUAGUUCCCUUAGCUUAAAACCGAGAUGAAAAAACAACAACAACAUUUACACACGACACACACACAUACAUUCGCCUGAAAGGAAGAGGAAGACUGGAGGAGCCGCAAACGCCAUCUAUCGAUAACACACGGCUAUCGAUCGGACCGUUCUUGUGAUUUUCUCUGAUGUUUGUGCGAAAAUUAAUGUUCGAAAUUAAAUGAUUGAAACAAAAUGAAAA